AGUGUCGUGAACACUGGAUCUUUGAUUGGUGGAGUUUUGUUGUCCUAUACUAACACCAACAUAGCCACGUUCGGAUUGCUCACUUUAUUUACCUUUUCGAUUAAUUUUAUUAUGUGGCGUUAAUCUGAUUAACUCUUGAAGCUGUACAGAUUUUAAUAGUUACAUAUUCUCUGCAAAAGGCGAUCUAAUUGUUGUACUUCAAAAAUGCCUUUGAAACUGGAUGUAAAGCGCAAACUUCUGGCUCGCUCAGAUCGAGUUAAAUGUGUUGAUUUGCAUCCAUCUGAACCAUGGAUGUUGGCUAGUUUGUACAAUGGUAAUAUUCAUGUUUGGAACUAUGAAAUACCGUUGCUUAUUAAGUCCUUUGAAAUUUGUGAUUUGCCAGUUAGAGCAGCAAAGUUUGUUCCACGGAAAAAUUGGAUCAUCAGUGGAUCUGAUGAUAUGCAAGUACGAGUUUUCAACUACAACACUUUAGAUAGAGUGCAUAUUUUGGAAGCUCACUCUGAUUACAUACGAUCUAUUGUCGUACAUCCUACUCAGCCAUUUGUCCUUACAUCAAGUGAUGAUAUGUUGAUUAAGUUAUGGAACUGGGAGAAGAAUUGGACUUGUACACAAGUUUUUGAAGGUCAUACUCAUUAUGUGAUGCAAAUUGUUAUUAACCCUAAAGAUAACAAUACAUUUGCCAGUGCGUCAUUGGAUCGUACUGUGAAGGUUUGGCAGUUAGGCUCAUCAUCAGCGAAUUUCACUUUAGAUGGGCAUGAAAAAGGUGUUAAUUGUGUUGAUUAUUACCAUGGAGGUGAAAAGCCAUAUUUAAUAUCUGGAGCGGAUGACAGAUUAGUCAAAAUAUGGGAUUACCAGAAUAAAACUUGUAUUCAGACAUUAGAAGGCCAUGCUCAAAAUAUAUCCGCAGUUUCUUUUCAUCCAGAAUUGCCUGUUAUAAUGACUGGUUCUGAAGAUGGUACUGUUCGUGUGUGGCAUGCAAAUACUUAUCGUUUAGAAAGUACCCUAAAUUAUAAUUUGGAAAGAGUGUGGACAAUUGCAUGUUUAAAAGGCUCCAAUAGUGUAGCAUUAGGCUAUGACGAAGGAAGUAUCAUUAUAAAGGUUGGUCGAGAGGAGCCUGCUAUGUCAAUGGACAGCUCAGGAAAAAUUAUAUGGGCUAAACACUCAGAGAUUCAGCAAGCUAAUUUAAAGGCCAUGGUGGAUGCUGAUAUCAAAGAUGGUGAACGAUUACCUCUAAUUGUCAAAGAUAUGGGAAGCUGUGAGGUAUACCCUCAAACGAUCUCUCAUAAUCCUAAUGGAAGAUUUGUAGUUGUUUGUGGUGAUGGUGAAUAUAUUAUCUAUACAGCCAUGGCCCUCAGAAACAAAAGUUUUGGUUCUGCUCAAGAAUUUGUGUGGGCUUUGGAUUCUUCUGAAUAUGCAGUUCGGGAAAGUUCCACAUCUAUUAAAAUAUUCAAGAAUUUUAAAGAAAAGAAAACUUUUAAACCAGAAUAUGGUGCAGAAGCAAUUUUUGGUGGUCAUAUGCUUGGUGUUAAAUCAAUAAGUGGUUUAGCUUUUUAUGACUGGGAAACAUUAGAUUUAGUGCGAAGGAUUGAAAUUCAACCUAAAAAUAUAUAUUGGUCUGAAAGUGGAGAACUUGUCAGUAUCGCAACUGAUGAAACUUUCUACAUCUUAAGAUAUAAUUCUGAAGCUGUGAUGAAAGUUAAACACUUCAAAACUCCAAUACCAGAAGAUGGAAUAGAGCAAGCAUUUGAAGUUCUUGGAAUGCAUGUGGAAACUGUAAAAACUGGUCUUUGGGUCGGAGAUUGUUUUAUUUAUACAAAUACGUUGAACAGGUUAAAUUACUAUGUUGGUGGUGAAAUUGUUACGAUUGCACAUCUAGAUAGAGUUAUGUAUCUUUUGGGGUAUAUUCCAAAAGAUAGUCGAUUAUACCUUGGUGAUAAGGAAUUAAAUAUCGUGUCAUAUUCUCUUUUGUUGUCUGUUUUGGAAUAUCAAACUGCUGUUAUGAGAGGAGAUUUUGAAACUGCUCACAGUGUAUUGCCAUCUGUUCCUUGGGAGCAGCGCACUAGAGUGGCUCAUUUCUUAGAAAAACAGGGUUUCAAAUCGCAAGCUUUAGUGGUAUCUACUGACGCAGAUCAUAAAUUUGAGCUUGCCCUCCAGUUGGGUGAUCUUAGCAUUGCAUAUGAUCUUGCAAAAGAUGCUAUGAAUGAACAAAAAUGGAAACAAUUAGCUGAGCUAGCUUUGACAAAAUGUGAGUUUAAGCUUGCUGAAGAAUGUUUGCAACAUGCCAAAGACUUCGGUGGACUAUUACUUCUUGCUACUUCUUCAGGCAAUGCUAAUAUAAUAAAAAAGCUAGGGGAGAGCUCAGAAGCAGCUGGCAUCAACAAUGUAGCAUUCAUUUCAUACUUUUUACUCGGAAAAAAGGAAAAAGCACUAAACAUGCUGGUGCAGACUGGGCGCUUACCAGAAGCAGCAUUUUUUGCUCGUACAUAUUUACCUAGUCAAGUUUCCAGAAUUGUGAAAUUAUGGAAAGAAAAUUUGAAAAAAGUUAAUGAGAAAGCAUCUCUUGCUUUGGCUGAUCCAGAAGACUAUGAAAACCUAUUUCCAGGAUUAAAUUCAGCCAUAAAAGCAGAACAAUUUAUGGAACAAAAUCAAAUUUGUCAACCAGCUUCUAGCUACUUACAUGUAACAUCAAAUUAUGAAAAGGACCCCAUUAAAGAUAUGUUGGAAGCUGAAGCUAGGGGAAAAUUUGUUUAUGUUCCUAACAAUGAUAUGACAGGAAGUCAAAAUUCUUUAUCAGAAAGUGGUGCUGACAUUAGUGGUUUUGUUGGUCAGUAUGCUUCACCAAAAGUCCCAGAAUGUGUUGAAAACGUCCCUGCUAAACAACUGGCGAAUGAAAAAGUUGUAGUAUGUGAUAAGAAUACAGACAUACCUGUAGCAAAGCCUGUUCAACAUGAAGCUGCAAUAUCUGAUCUUAACAUCGAUGAGGAAUUAGAGCUUGAUAUAAAAAAUCUCAUUUUGGAUGAGAACAUUGAAAAUGAUAUAUAUUUUGAAGAAGAUUUGUUGAGUGAAGACUGAUAUCACUACUACACCGAACUUCAUUCUUGAGAUUUUGGAAGAGACCAUUUCUUUUUUUUAAAGAAAAAGCAGGUUAAAUUGUGAAUAUUGUACAUGAUGUGAUCUUCCUGGUCUUAAUCCUGAUUGUAGGCUGUUCUUAAAAUCAUCUCGAGUACUUUACAACAUUUCUAAGUGAACUCAUUUGGGAAAUGAAUAUUUUAUCCGCGGUUUUUCCAUUCGUCAUAUUUUGUUUGUUGUCUAAACUUCUUUCAGUUUAAUCACAACAUUCACGCCAAGGUUGUCAAUAUAACGAGGAAGAUUCCAUUUGCUUGUUCAUAUAUCAUUACUUUAAAUAAGUUGAUGUCAAUUAGAGAUCUGUGAUUAUUUGUUUUGUAGAACUAUUUGCAUGUUUUAAAAUUCAUGCUUAAAUAGUCCUGUUUCAUGUUUUUGUAGUUUUGAACAGCUUGUUUCGUGUUUUAAUAGUUCUUUUGUUGCAGUUUCCCCCUAAUAUCUUACUGUUAUUUAUACUGAAACACUUUAAAGUGUUAAAAUAUCUCAUUUCCUUUAUUUUUUGUUACUUUGGAGAAUUCCUGUUUUCAAACUUUGCAUAAAUAUCAAACAUUUCAUAAAUAUCAAAGAAAUAUUUAUAAUUUUAGAACAUAAAAGAUAUAAAUAAGACAAUUAUUUUAGCUGAAGCAAAAUCUUAAUUUUUAUGGAUUUUAUUUUUUCUUGUAUAAAAAAUUACUGUUUCACACUAUUUCUUUUUUGAAAUGUUGCAAAGGGAAGAGAACAAUAAUCUAAGUUUGAAUAAAAAAGAAAUGUUCUUGAAUUUAUUUUAAUUUCUAAUUUUCUGAAGUGUGACUGUGUUAAAAUUAAAUGGGAGGAAAAUAUUGUUUAAGUUAACUUUAAGUUUGUUAAGCACCAACCAAUAAUUCUAUAAUUUUUUAGCAAGGGAUAGUGUGAAAAAUACACCCUCAUAUUAUCGCUAUUGGUACUCCCAAAAAAGUUAUAAUUAAAAAAUGAUUAUCGAAACUCUUGUAGAAAAUACAAUAGAAAAUUUGAAAUGGUUUUUCUUACAUCUCAGAAUACCACCAGCCUUUGAAUAAUUAUAAAACACUGUGUGUAAUUUUAACCGUUUUCAAGAUGUUUUAUAUUUUUUUUCCUUGUCGUUUUCUUGCAAGUUGUUUCUUUUUUUCAUUAGAUAUACGAGACUGAGCAAGCAUGACUUUUAAUAUUGAAAAAAAAAUGAGAAUUGGUAUGAAGCUAUUAUUAUUUUAUUGCAUAAGUUCAAUUAAGUCUAUUCAAGGUGGGUAAAUUAUUCCCAAUCUUGGAAAGUUUUCCUUUAAAAAAUUAUUUUAGCUCCCAUUUACAAAUCUGAUUAUAUUUUUCCCUUAAAUACUUAUUUAUAUUCCGUCUACUUAAUUUUCAUUUCUAUGUCAUUGAUGUAUAAUUAAAAUUACUUUUCUCUUUUCAAAUAUUUUUCACUUCAGUGGGGUUUUCAUUGUUUAUUAAGGUCAAAUGCAAGUAAUUUAGACAUAUACCAUAGACAUCAUACUAUAGGUGAGUGCUACCCUUUUUCUCCAUGUAUGGAAUAAAUCCUCAUUGAUCUUUUUCCCAUCUCCAGAUUAUUCCAAGCAACUAAAGAAGCUUUACCUCAGUUUACCAUAUUGUUGGUUGUGCAAAACCAGAUUGUCCCUACAUAAAUCCUUGCCAAAAGUUACAAAGAAUUUGAGCACUUUAGCCUGAAUGGCUAGAGGCCUAGAAAUAUUUUAUAGAACCCAUACGUUCAGAAUUUUAAGCCAGACAGAUUAUCGGUAAUUGUAUUGCUAAUUUUAUAUUGAUGAGAAUACCUACUUGUUUAUUUAAAGUAAUGAGCAAAAUAUUAAUUCGGAGAGAAUUCUGCUUUCCAAAUUAUUACUCUUCUACCUUAAAAGCGGCAUAAGUUGAAUCAUGGUAUUUGUAUGAUAAAUUAAUUUCUAUAAGAUCAUUAUUUCACUGAAAAAAUUACACGUAUUUGUUUAAUUAAUAAUUUUUAAAACAGACAGUUUAAUUUUUUUUAAAAGGCCUCCUUCAUUUGAACAAACAUUGUACUAUUUUGUAAUAUUCAAUUGUUCGUAAUUUACUGAAUGGUUAAUUUUAAUUGAGAUUUCAUUCAUGCAUAAUUUUUGAGCAAUGAAAAAAAUUUACAUUCUGGCAUAUUUAUAAUGUUUUUAAAUAAAUACCUGAUUACUCUAUCGGUUUUAAAAUUGUGUGCAUUUCUAACUGUUUAUAAUAAUCUUUGCAUAAAGUUAAUUCUUAAAAUGUUAUUAAUCUUCCAGUAAUAAGAUUGCAUAAUUGCUUUUACAGUUAAAGAAGAAAGAGAGGAUUUUAAAAAUGUUUUGCUUCAUAAUAUUGCAAUUAAAAUACUUUAGUAAAAGCAUAAACUUAAUGCCAACAACAAUGACAAAUUGUAUUCUAAUGUGUUAUCUGCAUUAAUUAUAUUUUGAAAAACCCUCAAAACUUGUAUUAGUAUGUGAAGGUAUCUUUAUGAUUGAAUUUCAAUAGCUGUUGCUAAUUGCUUCCAUUUUUAUGUUUUAAUAACAAACUAUUGAUUGUUAAAACUGUCAUUUUUAAAUGAUUUUAAAAUAUUUGUUAUAUAAAAAAAAUGUUACUUUAAUAGUCGAGUUUCAAUUUCUUUUUUCAUCUGGAUUAUCUAACAUUCUUGGGAGAAAAAUCAAUGGCUGGCUAUUAUAUAAGGAAACUUAAAUGUAAACUUUUUAAUCAUGUGUGGUUUAUUUUUGCCCUUUAUUUACACUUUUAAAAAUUCCUUUUUUAAAGUUCAUCUUGUCCCUCUCAAAGUUAUUAAUCUUAAUAAAUCUCAAUAUUUUAUCAUUUCUAAUCCCAUUUUUUAAACUCUUAUCCUGUUUUUCAUAACUUUUUAUUUUAAUCUUUAAUAUGGUUUGUCAAUUAUCUCUCAGUAUUGGAGAUUCCUUACUCAUCGAUAAUUUUAUUUUCGUAUGCGAGACUUUUGAAACUGCGGAAGUGUGAUAAUUUGGCUGAAGUAAACAAUAGGCUGUUAUAAAUUUCAGAAAUAAUGAUGAAGAAGAAAAGACCUUUGAUGUAUUCCCUUUGUAAUGGAAAUUAAAAUUAUUUUAUACUUUUA